GAAAACCGGAAGCAGCUGUCUGCACGUCGUUCUGCAUGUUUUCUACAUUCACCUCGACUGUAGUCUUUUGGGGAAGUUUCCCACCGAAAGUUAGUACCAAGUUAAGGAAAACAUUAAGUAAUGGCAGACAACUUUGAAGAUGAUGACGAUGAGUUGUUUUCUGUGAUUGUCGAUGAAGAGUGCGGUAAGGAGACAACCACACAAAAAGUUGCAGAAAAAGAGAAUUUUGGGGAUUGUUCAGUGCCUACUACAUUUCCUUUUCCUUUUGAGCCAUAUCAAAUUCAAACAGACUUCAUGAGGCAGCUGUAUAUAUGCCUGCAAGAAGGAAAAGUUGGAAUUUUUGAAAGUCCAACUGGAACAGGUAAAUCACUUAGUUUAAUUUGUGGUGCGUUAACCUGGCUAAAAGAUUUUCAAGAUAACCAGAGAAAGGAGCUAGAUGCAUUUUUGAGCGAAUCCACAAAAACGAAUGGUUAUUCCCAAGGAGGAGGUGGGUUUGACUGGGUGACUGAAUUCUCAAAAAGAAAAGAGCAAGAAGACAGACUUUCCAGGGCAAAGCAAGAACAGGAGCUCAUAGAGCAGCGUGAAAAGAGAUUGAAGAAUGUUCAGUCUUCCAGCAAAGUUACCAGAGGCAAACGAAAGUUUGCACAGCUAGAAGAUGAUUUCAGUGACUUGCUGAAAGGAUCAUCUAUUGAGACACAGAAAGCUUUUAAUGGUGAGCUGGCAGACAGCAGACAGCAUGCUUCAUUAGCAUCAGGAGAUGAUGACAGUAAUCUCAUUCCAGAGGACUACGAAAGUGAUGAGGAAAAAUCUGCAGAAUGGAAAGAAAACGAAAAUGAUGAAGAUGCCCAUGUCACCAAGAUCUAUUACUGCAGCCGCACACAUUCUCAGCUUGCUCAGUUUGUCCGGGUUGUCAAAAGUCCUUUUGGAGAGGAUACAAGAGUAAUUUCCCUUGGCUCCAGACAGAACCUGUGUAUUAAUGAGGCAGUGCGAAAGCUGAAGUCUGUUAGUUUUAUCAAUGACCGAUGCCUUGAACUUCAACAGAAAAAGAGUAAGAAGAAUCCUGGAUGUCCUUAUCGUAAGCAGGAGAUACUGGAGGACUUUCGAGACAGAGCUUUGCUUGGGCUGUGUGACAUUGAACAGCUUACAACUCUUGGUCGUGAAACAAAAACUUGUCCCUACUAUGGAUCUCGAUUAGCCAUCCCCAGUGCUGAGGUGGUUGUUCUGCCUUACAACACUUUACUUCAUAAGUCCACACGGGAAGCCAGUGGUGUAAAGCUUGCUGGAAAUGUGGUCAUUGUGGAUGAGGCUCAUAAUCUGCUGGAGACAGUCAACAGUGUGCACAGUGUGGAAGUUACGGGUGCCCAGAUUCUUCGGGCUCAUUCACAGUUAAGUCAAUAUGAAGUCAAGUACAGGUCACGACUGAAAGCUAAAAAUCUCAUGUAUGUAAAGCAGAUUCUCUUUGUCCUAAGCAACCUUGUGAAGUGUAUGGGAGGUAAGUUUGGGAUGUACAAGCAAAAUACGGGGAAAUCAGAUGUUAAUCUGAUGACCAUCAACAACUUCCUGUUUGAGGCUAAGAUUGACAACCUGAACCUUUUUAAAAUUGUGGAAUACUGUCGCCGCAGUCAGAUCAGCAAGAAGUUAAAUGGUUUUGUAGAAAAAUACCAGGUUGCAGAAGUAAUUCCAGCCAUGCCAGUUGCUGUUAAAGAGACAGCAACGUUUGGAGUGUCAAUGUUUUUGAAAAAUAUUGGUAAAGCAAAGACCUCAGACCCUAUAAAAGAGGACAUCACAGUCGAUGUAGUGAACCGAAACAAAUCUACACCUGUCUUGAACUCUCCUCUCAUGCACAUUGAGAGUUUUCUCCAAGCACUGACCACAGCCAAUGAUGAUGGACGAGUGGUAUUGAGUAAACAGAUGCUUUUAAGUCAGUCGGGCAUCAAGUUUUUGCUCCUUAAUCCUGCUGUUCACUUUGCUGAUGUGUUGCAAGAAGCUCGAGCAGUGGUGGUAGCUGGGGGAACAAUGCAGCCAAUUUCAGAAUUCAAAGAUCAGCUGUUUUUUGCUGCAGGCCUUCAGCCUGACAAGCUUUUGGAGUUUUCAUGUGGUCAUGUUAUUCCACCAGACCAUUUACUGUCCUUGACCCUAGCAACUGGCCCUACAGGGAGACAACUUGAUUUCACCUUCCAGACACGAGAUGAUCCUCACUUGCUGGAAGAACUGGGGCGGUUGGUUGUAAACCUGUGCAGUGUUGUGCCAGGAGGGAUCGUCCUCUUCUUUCCAUCCUAUGACUAUGAACAGCUUGUUUCUGUCAGCUGGGAAAAAUCUGGCAUUCUGGGAAGGAUUGAAGCUAAGAAAAAGAUUUUCCGUGAACCUAAGAGUGCCAUUCAGGUUGAGCAUGUCCUUACUCAAUAUGGUGACUGCAUCAAGAAAUGUCAGUGCCGAACUACUGGUGGGCCAACAGGAGCCAUUCUCAUGUGUGUUGUUGGAGGCAAGAUGAGUGAGGGCAUCAAUUUCUCUGAUGAUUUGGGAAGAUGUGUCCUGAUGGUUGGCAUGCCCUACCCUAAUCUCAGGUCUCCAGAGUUGAAAGAAAAAAUAGAUUAUCUCAACAGCAACUUUCCAAAGGAUGAGGCAGGCAGACCAGCAGGACAAGUGCAUUAUGAAAAUUUGUGUAUGAAAGCAAUAAACCAGUCGAUAGGACGAGCCAUUCGACAUCGUGAAGACUAUGCUGUGAUCAUUUUAGCUGACCAGCGCUAUUCUCGAACAAGUGUUAGCAGUAAGCUCCCUGGUUGGAUUGCAAAGCAUCUUUACAAAAUGGAUGCUUUUCCACCUGCACUUGCAAGAGUUUCAAAGUUCUUUGCAGAAAGAAGAAAAUGAUUUCCAGUGGUGGAUGCUGCUGCUUAUGUUUGCUACAGAUGACUUCAGAGACCACCUAUGACCUUGUUCUGUUAUAUUGAUAUGUGAAAGCCAAAGGAAGACUACCUCAGAAACCGCCUGUGGCCUUGUUUUGCUACAUUCUAUGGUGUGAGGAAAAGCUUAAUGAUGCCACUUUGAUGUUGAAAUCUGCACCGGCAUGUGCCAAUAUUGUGCCAGAACACUCAUACCUACAACAGUGUACUUUUACAUUAAAUUUUUUGUAUUUGUAUUGUAAAAUUUGAUUUCAUGGAAUUGUUGCUAAAAUAAGCAAUUCAGCUCAAGCUAAAAUCUCAUCACAACUCUUGCCUGUUGAAUGUUAAUUAAAAUUUGUACACCUUGA